AUGAACGGGACGGAGGGGAUCAAUUUUUACGUGCCUAUGUCCAACAAGACGGGCGUGGUGCGGAGCCCCUUCGAGUACCCGCAGUACUACCUGGCCGAGCCCUGGAAAUACCGCCUCGUCUGCUGCUACAUCUUCUUCCUCAUCUCCACCGGCUUCCCCAUCAACUUCCUCACCCUCCUGGUCACCUUCAAGCACAAGAAGCUGCGGCAGCCCCUCAACUACAUCCUGGUGAACCUGGCGGUGGCUGACCUGUGCAUGGCCUGCUUUGGCUUCACCGUCACCUUCUACACCGCCUGGAACGGCUACUUCGUGUUCGGCCCCAUCGGCUGCGCCGUGGAGGGAUUCUUCGCCACGCUGGGAGGCCAGGUCGCCCUGUGGUCGCUGGUUGUCCUGGCCAUCGAGCGCUACAUCGUCAUCUGCAAGCCCAUGGGCAACUUCCGCUUCUCCGCCAGCCACGCCAUGAUGGGCAUCGCCUUCACCUGGGUCAUGGCCAUCUCCUGCGCCGCCCCGCCGCUCUUCGGCUGGUCCAGGUACAUCCCGGAGGGGAUGCAGUGCUCCUGCGGGCCCGACUACUACACCCACAACCCCGACUUCCACAACGAGUCCUACGUGCUCUACAUGUUCGUCAUCCACUUCAUCAUCCCCGUCGUCAUCAUCUUCUUCUCCUACGGGCGCCUCGUUUGCAAAGUCCGGGAGGCAGCUGCCCAGCAGCAGGAGUCAGCCACGACGCAGAAGGCGGAGAAGGAGGUGACGCGGAUGGUGAUCCUCAUGGUGCUGGGCUUCAUGCUGGCCUGGACGCCCUACGCCGUGGUGGCGUUCUGGAUCUUCACCAACAAGGGCGCCGACUUCACGGCCACGCUGAUGGCAGUGCCUGCCUUCUUCUCCAAGAGCUCCUCCCUCUACAACCCCAUCAUCUACGUGCUCAUGAACAAACAGUUCCGUAACUGCAUGAUCACCACCAUCUGCUGCGGCAAGAACCCCUUUGGGGACGAAGACACCUCCUCCAGCGUGUCCCAGAGCAAGACUGAGGUCUCCUCCGUCUCCUCCAGCCAAGUAUCACCCGCAUAGAGCACGGACAGUUUG